AUGGCCGCCGCCGCGGACUCCCGUGUCGCGAAGCUCGCCUCCAAGCUCUACGACGCUUGUGCAGAUACUUUCGACCCGGAUACAUUAUUCUACCAGCCCGAUCUUCUUGACUUAGAUGUCGUCCCCAAGGGCGAUGUUGCGCUACUCCUCCAGUGCACCCAGUCUCUGGUCGAUCAGAAACUGUUCCGGCUCCACCAGAGCCAGAAUCGCAUCGGAUGGAAAGUAAUUGCCCGUGAAGACGCAGAAAAACUUUCCAGCCUCAACGCCGACGAGGCCUUAGUCUACAAUGUCGUCCAUUCGACUGGACGUUCCGGCGUUUGGGUACGCAAUAUUCAACACCGUACCAACCUGCAUAAAUCAAUCCUCGACCGCUGCCUGAAAUCGCUCGAAGGCAAAAACUACAUCAAAAGCAUCCACAAUGUCAGAGCCCCCAACCGGAAGAUGUACAUGCUGUCCGGCCUGGCACCAAACGAGGACGUUACCGGAGGUGCCUGGUUCACAGAUGGCGUUCUCGACACCAACUUCAUCAACACCGUGGCAGGCUUCAUCGAGUACACCGUAAGCCGAAAGAGCUGGUACGAAGUGACCGUCGAUCGUGAUCGCGGCCGCAGCGCCAAGCGUGUCAAGACUGCCACUGGCAAAGCCGAAGUCAACGGUGAAACCGGGAAACGCACCUUCAUCCCUUAUCCCAUGAACUACAAGGGCUACCCCUCCGUGGAAGAUAUAACUAAAGCCGUGAACGAGAGUUGUAUCACGCCUGUCCAACUCCACAGCGAGAGCGUCAUCCAACUACUCCAGAUGCUCUGCUACGACAAAAAGCUCGUUUCUCUCGGCGAAGGCCGCUCUUACAAAUCCGUUAAAAACCCCGAUAUCAUCAAAGCCCUUCAGGCCCGAAAGACCCCCACUGAAGGCGUCGACCCUGCGCCUCUCGAUAUUCUCGGCAAGAACGGCAUGACCGAAUCGCCCUGCGGACCCUGCCCAAACUUCAAGCUCUGCUCCCCCGGCGCGGCCAUCAGCCCCGAAACCUGUGAAUAUUUCGACCCGUGGAAGGAAAAGGUCCUCGGGUUUUGA